GAAGGGAGGUGAGAAACGAAGGUGAAAGGGGUGUAAAGUUGAAACACAACAACCCAAAAGUGCUGCAAGCGUGGAACCACGCUCUACUUCUACCUACAAAGUGAACAUAUCGAUAUCCCACCGCUUUGGCUCUUUCUUUCAAAGUACCAAGACUCCCCCAGCCUGUUUCUUUCUUGUGCCUCACAAUCCUCUGAUCAUCUAUUAUUGCCUCUCUCUUACCGCCUCCUCUGAUCCCUUUUCUCUCCACUCGUCCCCUCUCUCUCUCUCUCUCUCUCUCUCUGCCUGUGGACUGUUUACUUGCAGGCAUUUAUAAAGCCUCAAGACGGCUCUUUUUUGUUGUUAUUAAUAACUUAGGUGCAGCUCUCUCUCUCUCUGUGCCCAGUACCGUUGCAGAGAGGAAGCUAUACUUUGCAAUACCUCUCAAAAAAAGAAUUUUUAGCUGCUAUUGUUCGGUAUUUGUUGAAGAAGAUUUUGCCAUGCAUAUGGGUUUUUCAUGUCAAGCUUACAGUGCCAUGUAAAACGGAUUUUUUUUUCUUUGAAUAUUAAACAGCCAGGACAGAGUCGAAGAAAAAGAAAAUAUGUUGGAUCUCAAUGUUAAAAUCCUCUCCAGUGCUUCACUUUGUGAUGAAAAGGUGGAGACGUCAAUGGAAGUGGAGAAACUCCCACCGGGAUCAGGAACACAAAUGGAAGACUCAGGGAGAAGUUCCACCUCCUCCGUUGUCGAAGAAGCUCCAAACAAUACCCGAGAUCAUGAAGACUCUUCCAAAAACUCCUAUGAAUUCAUCUUCGACAUCUUGAGAAAAGAAAAUUGCGGUACUGCCCGUCCCACCAAGGAGGUCAAGGGCGAAAAUCCGACAUCGGAAUUCGUUACGCGACCCCUUUUCCCGGGUACCGGCGAAACAGGAGGCGAGGAGUCUGAGUUAGGGUCAGGGCUGUCGUCGAGGCCUCAAUGGUUGAACUUGUCGUUUUCUGUAACGGGUGGUCAGGCCGAGCCGAGAAUUUUGCAGCAGAAGCAACAGCAGGUGAGGAAAAGGAGGCGUGGGCCGAGGUCUCGGAGUUCGCAGUACCGGGGCGUUACGUUUUACCGGAGAACCGGGCGAUGGGAAUCACAUAUAUGGGAUUGUGGGAAACAAGUAUAUUUAGGUGGGUUUGACACUGCUCAUGCCGCUGCUAGAGUAUAUGAUCGAGCUGCGAUUAAAUUCCGUGGAGUUGACGCUGAUAUUAAUUUUGACAUAAACGAUUAUGAGGAAGAUAUGAAGCAGAUGAUGAAUCUGUCAAAGGAAGAAUUUGUACAUCUUCUUCGUCGCCACAGCACAGGAUUCUCUCGUGGGUGCUCAAAAUACAGAGACAUGACCCUGCACAAAUGUGGUCGAUGGGAAGCUCGUAUGGGACAAUUCAUGGGGAAGAAGGCCUACGAUAUUGCAGCGAUCAAAUCGAAUGGAAAGGAAGCAGUGACCAACUUUGAGCCAAGCACCCAUGAAGGGGAGAUAAUUGCAGAUGACAAUAAUGAUCAAGGAAAGCCAAUCCACAAUCUGGAUCUAAGCCUCGGGGUUUCUAACAGAUCAAAGGGGAAGGACAGUGGGGUCGAUUUUCAUUUUCAUUGCAACAGAGACAGAUUAGUGGGCGUUAGGGCCACAGAGCAGACAGAUGAAACUGUUUCUUCUCCAAGAUUUGUAAACUGGGCAUGGCAAAUGCAGAGCAAUGGGAUUGUUAGUGCAAUGCCAGUAUUAGCAAGUGCAGCAUCAUCAGGAUUCUCUUCUUCUACAGCUACUGUUCCAUCAGCCAUCCUCCAAUCCAAUCUCCAGAACCAUCUUGGCCGUCCUUUACCUACCACAUCCACCACCAACGUUUCCAACUACUUCAAUUUCUAGGAGCUGAAAACAGGAUGCAAUGAUUUUGCCUUAUUAUACCUUUAGAAGGGUAGGUAAGGUAGACAAAGUUAGUCAAUUAUAAGAAUCAAAUCACCACCAGUCUCUACUCUGUUGAGAUAUGCAUGAUAUUAUUACACGAAGCAUAUAUUCCUACAGUUCUUUCU